AUUUUAAAGCAAAGAUGUAUAACGGAGUGGGGCUUCAAACAGCAAGAGGUUCUGGUACCUCUGGAUAUGUUCAGAAGAGUUUAGCAUAUGCCCAACAAAAAAGAUCACAGAAGAACGAUUACGUUGAACAGCUGAAGAAGAUGAGGGAGAACCCUCUCCCUCCUCCAAAGCCAGCUAAUCGAGCUAUCCUCGAUCAUGAAGCUCGUAGGAGAGAAGCAAACCGUCGCUUCAUUAAGAAUAAAGGCUUGGAUAAAUCCAAGGCAAAGUCCAGGAUGCUCGUCGAGAAGGUAGACACUCACCUUGCCAAGCUUGAGAAAGAGAAGGCUAUGAACAAGAUUGCUAAUGCUUUUAACAUCGAUGAUAACAAGUUCGAGCAAGGAGCAGCCUUUGAUAUUGAAUUACAGGAGAUGAAGAGAUUAGAGAGACUAGCUGAGAUGCAAGAGAAAAAGAAGGAGAGAAGAAGAGAAGAGAAAAAGAGAAGAAGGAUGAUUGAAGAAGAAAAUGAAAGAUUAAGAGAGCUGGAGCGUGAUGAUCGUGAUGAGAGUGGUAGUAAUGGAGAUAAGAAAGAGAGAUCUGAAAGAUCAGACAGAUCGGAUAGAUCAAGUGAUAGAAGAGAUAGAAAGAAGAGAAAGCAUAGAAGAAAGGAAAAGAAGGAUAGGAAGGAAAAGCACAAGAAGCAUAAAAGAAGGAGAAGCCAUAGCAGAGACAGAAGUGAUUAAGUAACAAUUUACUUGUAGCAAAUUCCACAAUUCUUUUCCUCUUUGCUUAGUAUAUCU